CCUCUAUUGCCCAGGCUGGAGUGCAGUGGUGUAAACAUAGCUCCCUGCAGUUGCAAAUUCCUGGGCUCAAGUGAUCCUUCCAUCUCAGCCUCCCGAGUAGCUGGGACUACAGGUGUCCACCACCAUGCCUGGCUAAUGACCUCUUCUUUUGUAGAUACAUCAGCUACAUGGAAGCAGGAAACCAAACAGGAUUUUUAGAGUUUAUCCUUCUCGGACUCUCUGAGGAUCCAGAACUACAGCCGUUCAUAUUUGGGCUGUUCCUGUCCAUGUACCUGGUCACGGUGCUGGGGAACCUGCUCAUCAUCCUGGCCAUCGGCUCUGACUCCCGCCUCCACACCCCCAUGUACUUCUUCCUCUCCAACCUGUCCUGGGUUGACAUCUGUUUCAGCACUUGCAUCGUCCCCAAGAUGCUGGUGAACAUCCAGACCGAGAACAAAGCCAUCUCCUACAUGGACUGCCUCACACAGGUCUAUUUCUCCAUGUUUUUUCCUAUUCUGGACACGCUACUCCUGACCGUGAUGGCCUAUGACCGGUUUGUGGCUGUCUGCCACCCUCUGCACUAUAUGAUCAUCAUGAACCCCCGCCUCUGUGGCCUCCUGGUUUUCGUCACCUGGCUCAUUGGUGUCACGACAUCCUUCCUCCAUAUUUCUCUGAUGAUGCAUCUAAUCUUCUGUAAAGAUUUUGAAAUUCCACAUUUUUUCUGCGAACUGACGUACAUCCUCCAGCUGGCCUGCUCUGAUACCUUCCUGAACAGCACGUUGAUAUACUUUAUGACGGGUGUGCUGGGCGUUUUUCCCCUCCUUGGGAUCAUUUUCUCUUAUUCACGAAUUGCUUCAUCCAUAAGGAAGAUGUCCUCAUCUGGGGGAAAACAAAAAGCACUUUCCACCUGUGGGUCUCACCUCUCCGUCGUUUCUUUAUUUUAUGGGACAGGCAUUGGGGUCCACUUCACUUCUGCGGUGACUCACUCUUCCCAGAAAAUCUCCGUGGCCUCGGUGAUGUACACUGUGGUCACCCCCAUGUUGAACCCCUUCAUCUACAGCCUGAGGAACAAGGAUGUGAAGGGAGCCCUGGGGAGUCUCCUCAGCAGGGCAGCCUCUUGUUUGUGAUGGAUCCCUUGGCCCCAGGACUAAGAAGUUUUGUGAGCACCAAUGGCAAAAAUGUUUUAUUUUGAAAUUCUUACUCUUUAAAAUUAAAAAAAUGUUUUUAUACUUUGAGAGUACAAAUGCAGAUUUCUUAACAUGCAUUUGCAUAAGGGUGAAGUCUGAGCUUUUGGCGUACCAAUUACCUGAAUAGUGAACAUAAGGCACUUUUUUUUUUUUUUUUUGAGACGGAGUCUCACUCUGUCUCCCAGUCUGGAGUGCAGUGGAGUGAUCUCGGCUCACUGCAACCUCCGCCUCCCGGGUUCAAGUGAUUCUUCUGCCU